AUUGGCUAGUGAUUGCUCGCUAGAUGAUAAUUAUAUGCGCAGCGUUUUAUGAACUCGGAUUCACAGUGGAAUCAAAUCUUAGAUGAUGAUGAUGAGUCGUGUGUGUUCUUAGUCGAAUAAAUAUGGAGAUCAGUUUGUUGUCUUCGGACCACCGAUUGGAAUGUUACGUCGUAAAAAUCAUCUAUUAGUAGAAAACUAUGAUGGCGAAAAAAAUGGAUGACGUUUGGAACUAAAACUCGGCUUCUUACUGGAAAUCCAACAAAAGCAUCACAUCAUUGUACCAAAAAAUAAACAAUAUGGAUAAGUCAGAGCAGAUAAUAAACGACUUCGACUCGACUUGCGAGUUCGAAAUGCCAAACAUGAUGAGUAGUCUCUAUGGAACCAGUGGCAGUAAUUCAGAUAUUGUUAAAAAGCCUUCAUUGCUGUCCAUCUUAAAGAAUAGGGUAAUGAGUAGAAGAUUUACCGAAGAAGGUAUGGAGGAUAUGUAUCAGGAAUAUUUCAUGAGACAACGCUGGGGUGCCCUCCCCGUCUUAAUAGCGUUUGCCCUAUUGUUUGACAUCGCAGUUAUCAUUCUGUACUCUAUGGACACUCUUAGUAACAAAGGAUCGGUAAUUACAGUUCAAGGCAUAGCAUUUGUGUGUAAUCUCAUGCUCUUUUUUCUUUGCCAAUUCCGUCUGAUAUCCGAUUUUUCUUUAACAUAUAUCAUGCCAUAUGCUGUCUGGUUUCUUAUCUGUGGCCAAACUUUCGCCGAUCUUCUCAUGUAUUAUCAUCCGAUUGUUCCUAGUAGCGGAGUCGGAUGGCAGAUUUUCUUCAUAUUUGGACUUUUUGUAAUGUUGCCUCAAAAGUUAUUGACUGUACUGGCAUUGAAUGUGGUGUCGUCAUUGACUCAUUGCAUCAUCAUUGCAAUAAAGGCUAAAGGAAAGGACAUCGGACCACAGAUUGGGGCGAAUAUACUUUUGUUUGCGUGUGUUAUUUUGGUUGGCUCCAUAAGUUUUCUAAUGCUUGAUAAGAAACAACGACGUGCAUUUAUGGAAACAAAAAGGUCCCUCGAGCUCAAAAUGAAACUUGACACCGAGAGAGAAAGACAGGAGGAUCUCAUGUUGUCUGUUUUACCGAAACACAUUGCCGAUGAUAUGGUAAAAUCGUUUGGCCAAGAAAAUAAAGGUUCAUUUAGUCGAAUUUACAUCAGUCGACACGAAAGUGUAAGUAUUUUGUUCGCCGAUAUCGUGGGAUUUACCGCAAUGUCUUCGAAAUUGACGUCUCAAGAGCUCGUCAAGACACUUAACGCACUGUUUGCCAAUUUUGACAAACUUGCGGAGGUCAGGUUUUCAUCAUUUUAUCUAAUUUAUUUUCUUAACGUUUUGUACAGUAUAAUAACCCUGUACAAAGGUCAUUGUAGGUGUACUAUGCCUUAUGUAGCUGUUCGGGAGCAAACACAGAGUGGUGUAGAUAUGCGAGUCGGAAUUCAUACAGGAGCAGUUCUAGCUGGUGUAAUGGGUCAGAGACAGUGGCAAUUUGACGUAUGGAGUGACGGGGUCAAGCUGGCCAACUGCAUGGAAUCUGGUGGAAUUCCCGGGCGAGUUCAUAUAUCUCAGACAACGUACGAUUGCCUAAGUGAUGACUUUGAGGUUGAACCAGGUGAUGGUGAAACCAGGUCUGAUUAUAUCAAAAUGCAGAAUAUGAAAACCUACCUAAUCAAGCCAGUUAAAGACAAAAAGAGAUCUAAAAGCACAGCAUUGAUACUCACAAAGCCAACGGAAGAGAAAACUAGUGCAGAAAGGACAGACGAUGAUGAUAUUCCCGUUAUCUACUUGAACAACACGGCUGAAGUAAACAAGAAUUCAACACUUCCUGAAAACUUAGACAAAGAUGGGAUUUCAGAUAUUGAUUUGAAGAACGCUAAAAAUACAGACAGUAAAACUGUCAAAUUCUCUAAAGAGGUGGAGCAGAUUAACAGCAAGGAAGAUUGUUCGAAUGACAAUAAAUUGAAAGAGGCAUUGAUUGAAAGAGAAGAUGCAUCGUUAGAGGUCACUUUCAUAACAUUUGGAAUGGCGAUGCUAGUUUUGGGGAUUCUUUUUGUUAUAUCUCUUGCCACUAACAUUCCCAAUCGCUUUCCUCCCGCAAUGGUGGAGAUUUCCAAUGACAUAGAAACAACAAGAUGGGCGAGAAUUCUGAUUUCAACGCUGGUCAUUAGCGCAAUAAGUAUUGCUGAUGUUGUAGAUACGAUAUACUGCCAAACUGAUGGAAACUAUACAAGCACUCCUAGUCCAACUGACCCCCAGUGUGUUUACGCACAGUAUUUCAACUACAUUGCUAUACUUGUUUUGAUUGGUAUUACAGUGCUGAUUCAGAUAACGCACUUGGUGAAACUUCUCCUGAUGACCCUCACUACCAUUGUGUACUGCCUCAUCAACCUUUGCCUCAAACCAGAACUUUAUUCCCGAUAUGACAACUAUCUGUUAAAUAUAACAGAAAAUAAGAAUAUUGUACCAAGCUGCAGCAAAUAUGCUCUAACUUUGCAAGUUGUAGUGGCGUCAGUUGCGUUGUUGUAUUUCAAUCGACAUCUUGAUGCCAUGAUUCGAAGACUCUUUUAUUUCAAAACGGAGGCGAAAAUCCAGAAACAGAAAGUAGAAGAAUUACGUACCAAAAAUGAUUUACUUAUUCGUAAUAUCAUGCCAGCGCACGUGGCACAGCAUUUUAUGGGUGGCAAGAAGCAAGACGAGGAACUGUAUUCACAAGACUACAACAGCGUCGGUGUGAUGUUUGCUUCGAUUCCCAAUUUUUCCGAUUUCUAUAGCGAAGAUGAAUACAACAACCAAGGAACGGAAUGCCUUAGAUUUCUAAACGAAAUUAUCAGCGAUUUUGAUGAGCUUUUGAGCAGACAACAAUUCAGGACAGUUACAAAGAUUAAAACGAUAUCGAGCACGUAUAUGGCAGCGUCUGGGUUGGCUGCUGAUAACUUCAGAGCGGUUUAUCAAGAUGACAAAGUGACGUGGCAUCACCUGGCCGAUCUUUUAGAGUUUGCACUUACAAUGAAGCAAACAUUGGAAACUAUUAAUAACCAAUCGUUCAAUAAUUUUAUUCUAAGAAUAGGUAUCAACCACGGUCCAAUUCUGGCGGGCGUCAUAGGAGCUCGAAAGCCACAUUACGAUAUCUGGGGUAACACAGUCAAUGUAUCAAGUCGAAUGGAAAGCACAGGGGAACUUGACAAAAUACAGGUAAUAGCAUCAACAAAGGACAUCCUUCGAAAAUUUGGAUACACAUUUAAACGAAGAGGUAUUGUCAGAGUUAAGGGAAAGGGGGAGCUUGAAACAUUCUUUUACGAUGGAAAAGAUGAAAACUUUGAACAAAUGAGGGCGGUAGAUCUGCCGAAUUCAAUUCCGUGUUUACUGUAAAUCGACUCAGAUGAUGAUGAAUCAUUUAGGUUGCCAACAAUUCAUAAUAUUUAAAACUCUCACUAUGUUUAGUGUUAUAUAAUGUGAGGCAUCUAGUAUAUGGCACAUCCAUCUAAUAUUUUUGAAUAUGUUGUAAUGUAAACAUUAAUAUUUGAAAACCUCAGCAUAGUAUCAACAUGAUUAAUAACAGUUUGAGACAUGAGUAUGAUUUGCAUCGGGAUUCUAAAUCCUAGUCUCGAAUUCCAGGAAUUAACAGAGUUAUGAAUCUAAAUCAGUUCAUGCCACAUGUUUUAACAAACUGAACAGUCAAUAAGCAGAACAGAGUUAAAGUGUUUAUCGAUAUAAUAAAUGGUUCUUAUAAGAAUGUUAUAUCCUUCAAUACGGUGUUGUAUCUAUUUUACGUAUAUUAUUAAAUCAUAUUUGUGUUCCGCUUAACAUUUGAGCCCUGUUGUUGCAGUUUACAUUUGGUUGACCAAAUUUGAUCCCUAAAUGAAUAUAUAAAAUAUAUAUAAUGUAAAAAGCAUUUGUAAAUAGAUUGAGCAUUAGACGAUGUUCAUGUAAUCAGAUACAGAAUACCAGUAAUUGUACAUUAACGAGGGAAAGUUGGCUUUAACGUUUUAAUGCUCCUAUCCUUCUCAUGAGCUGACGUCAUCACUUUGCCUGCUGAAAAGUUAACCCCUUCCCCUUCUUGCGAUGGACUAUCAGGUUACUACAUGUAGGCCUACACGCGCUACUAUGACGUCAGCUCACUAUAGCCGUCCACUUAUAAAACUUUAUACAUCUUAGUUAGGGCCUACUGUAUUAUCUAUUACGCACAAACUUAAUUAUAUUGUUGUAUUUUGGGCUAGAAUAAUAUCCCUCAUGUUCAAUGUAGCCAAAUGCCGAACAUGCUGUGUUACGUUUGUCACAGUAUAUGUAGGCUACCCU